AUGGACGUCAGAGCGGUCCUAGAGAACACUUUUUCUCCCGAUGCCACGAUCCGUGGCGGUGCUGAAGAACAGCUCAGACAAGCCCGCGAAGGAAAUUUUUCCGAAUACCUGUCUAUCCUCUCCAGAGAACUUGCCAAUGAUCAAGCCAGUCCUGCCGUCCGACAAGCCGCCGGUCUCGCCCUGAAAAACGCCUUCUCCUACCGUGACGUGACCAGAUUACGAGAGGUACAGGCAAGAUGGUUGCAGGGUGUUGACCCUCAAAUCAAGGCCCAGGUCAAGGAGCUGGCCGUCAAAACCCUCACUUCUACACCUCAAGCCGCCAAUUCGGCUGCUCAAUUGAUUGCGACCAUUGCCGCCAUUGAACUCCCACGCAACGAGUGGCCUGACCUGUUACCGGCCCUUGUCCACAACGUUGGUGCUGGUGACGACAAACUCAAGCAGUCCAGUCUCACGACCAUCGGCUUCAUUUGUGAAUCGGACGAUGCCGAGCUCAGAGAGUCCCUGGUUGGAUAUUCCAACGCAAUAUUGACCGCUGUUGUUCAGGGUGCGCGGAAAGAGGAGGAGAACCAGGACGUUCGACUCUCCGCCUUGUCAGCGCUCAGCGAUGCUACCGAAUUCAUCCGCAGCAAUUUUGAGAACGAAGGCGAGAGAAACUACAUCAUGCAAGUCGUGUGCGAGGCCACACAAUCCCCUGACACCCGGGUUCAGGCGGCUGCUUUUGGUUGUCUGAAUCGUAUCAUGGGCAUUUAUUAUGAUAAGAUGAGAUUCUACAUGGAAAAGGCCUUGUUCGGUCUGACCGUCGGCGGCAUGAAGAACGAUGAAGAGGAUGUAGCAAAAUUGGCUAUUGAAUUCUGGUGCACCGUCUGCGAAGAGGAGAUCAGCAUCGAAGAUGAUAACCAGCAAGCACAACAGGAAGGAUCCACCGAGCUGCGGUCCUACUUCAACUUCGCCAGAGUCGCCGCACGCGAGGUUGUCCCAGUCCUGCUUCAGUUGAUGACCAAGGUCUCCGAGGACGAUGCCGACGAUGAAUACAACGUCGCCCGCGCUGCUUAUCAAUGUCUCCAACUCUACGCACAGACAAUAGGUGGUGAUUUGGUCCCGAUGGUUCUUCAAUUUGUCGAGGCGAAUCUACGCAGCGAUGACUGGACCAAGAGAGAUGCUGCCGUCUCAUCAUUCGGAGCAAUCAUGGACGGUCCUGACAUUAAAACACUUGAUCCUCUGGUUAAACAAGCUCUCCCCGUCUUGAUUGGAAUGAUGCAAGACCCAGUUGUUCAGGUUCAAGACUCUGCGGCAUUUGCCCUGAGCAGAAUCUGCGACUACUGCUCCGAGUGUAUUGAUCCGUCAACACAUUUGCAGCCUCUUAUGUCGGCCCUUUUUGCCGGCCUGAUGAGCAAUCCCAAGAUUGCCGCAUCCUGCUGUUUAGCUCUUCUCAAUCUCACCGAGCGAUUUGUUGGCGAGGACGGUGCAUCCUCAAAUGCUCUGACGCCGCAUUUCCAGGACAGUGUGACUUCUCUGCUGGCUGUAACCGAGAAGGAAGCUGGUAACAACCAACUUCGCACGGCCGCGUAUGAAGUGCUUGGUGGCUUCGUCACAAAUGCCGCUCACGACAGCUUGCAGAUAGUCGCUGAACUGUCUAACGUCAUCAUCCAGCGUCUUGAGAGCACGAUUCCCAUGCAGAAGCAGAUUGUCAGUAUUGACGAUAAGAUCACUCUAGAGGAGUUGCAAGUCAGCCUUAGCAGCGUUCUGCUCGCCAUUGUCCAACGACUCGAACAGAACAUUGGACCACAGGCUGAUCGGAUUAUGCAAAUCAGUUUGGAGCUUCUCAACGUCACUGGCACGACCAGCGUCCCCGAAGUCAUUUUCCAGAUUGUCAGUGGACUGGCAAAUGCGUUGGCUGGCGAUUUCUUAAAGUACAUGGACUCAUUCGUUCCAUAUCUCUACAAUGCUUUAGGAAAUCAGGAUGCUCCGGACAUGUGUUCCCUGGCUAUUGGGCUUGUCAGCGACAUUGUUCGUGCCCUGGAGGACAAGGCGCGGCCGUACUGCGAUACAUUUAUGAACUACCUACUCGACGAUCUCAGGUCCGACAAGCUCUCCAACUCACUGAAGCCGCCCAUUUUGGAGACCUUUGGUGAUAUCGCUACCAGCAUUGGUGUACAUUUCGAAACAUACGUCACUGUGGUAGCCGGGGUUCUCCAGCAAGCCAAUAAUGUUUCUGUUGCGAGCGAUGUCUCGUUCGAUAUGCUGGACUAUAUCGUUUCUCUCCGCUCAGGUAUUGCUGAUGCAUGGUCAGGCCUGAUCCUGGCCUUCAAGGGCACUGAAAAAGCUGCCCUCCUUCAAACUUAUGUGCAACCUAUCUUCGAGUUUUUGCAGACCGUCUCCCAGGACAUGAACCAUAACGAGGGUCUACUCAGAGCUUGCAUGGGCAUUAUCGCUGACCUCAGCGAGACCUUCCCCGACGGAUCACUUUCAGAGUACUAUCGACAAGACUGGGUUACCAAGCUCAUCAAAGAAACGCGAACAACUCGAGAAUUCUCGCCGCGGACCAUCAACGCAGCACGUUGGGCAAGAGAACAAGUCAAACGACAGACUCAACAUCAAGGUACCAUCAUGAAUGCGUCAUGA